AACUGGGCGUUUCUUUACUGCUACUUCAAAAAAAAAGAAAAAAAAAAAGUUUUCACUAAUAUUAACCAUUACACAAGCACUAAAGUAGUGCGCAGCCAGAUAAACACACAUGCACCGGGCUACUUUAGAGUAACUUUGUAGCAGACUACUUCAAGGGACCGCAGCCAAACUCUCAGACCCCAGAAGAAGGAGUGUCUCUCUCGGCCUCUCCUCUCCUCUCUACUGCGCCACUUUAAGUCAAAUGGGACGCCUUGAAACCUCCAUGUUUGUAUCUUGAAAUUUGCCAGAAGAGUUGUGAGCACCAUAUUGAAUCAAAGUUGCAAUCUCCUUUACUUAUGUUGGACAAAGUUGCAGACUUCCAAGCUUUGGGGACGGCUUCCUGCGUGGAGUGGCCGAGCAGUGAGGCUGCUUUGUUGCGAUGCUUUCCGGGCCGCUGCGGCUUGGUGUUUGUUCAUGUUGAGUUUCUUUUUUUAAUGCACAAUCUGUAAGUUUAAAAGUGUGAGAUCAGCACUCUGGACCAGACCUUGCAUGUGAUGGACAACCCGUCCUCAAUAAUCACCCAAGUCAGCCGGGAUGAAGAGGGCACUAAAGGAGAGAGGGGUUCCUCGCCCUCUCUGUCCUCCAAGAAGCCCCGGAGUGGAGGCCUGUUCUCCAGCCUCUUCUGCUGCCUGUGUCGGGACCAGCCAGAACCCCCGCCCGUCAACAACAACGCCCCUCUGCUGGUGGAAGAGAACGGAACCGUCUCCAAGAUCCAGGUGAAGCCACUGCUGCCUCCAGUGAAGUCUAAAGACUCUGGAAAGAUCUGUGUGGUUAUAGAUCUGGACGAGACGUUAGUUCACAGCUCCUUCAAGCCUGUGAACAAUGCAGACUUCAUCAUUCCUGUUGAAAUAGAUGGAACAGUACACCAGGUGUAUGUCCUGAAGCGGCCCCACGUCGAUGAGUUCCUGAAGAGAAUGGGAGAGCUGUUCGAGUGCGUCCUGUUCACUGCCAGUUUAGCCAAGUAUGCAGACCCCGUCUCCGACCUCCUGGACAAGUGGGGUGCUUUCCGCUCCCGCCUGUUCCGGGAGUCCUGCGUCUUCUACCGAGGGAACUACGUCAAGGACCUGAGCCGCUUGGGUCGCGACCUUAACAAGGUCAUCAUCAUAGACAACUCCCCUGCUUCGUACAUCUUCCACCCCGAUAACGCAGUGCCCGUGGCCUCGUGGUUCGACGACAUGUCCGACACCGAGCUGCUGGACCUCAUCCCCUUCUUCGAGAGGCUGAGCAAAGUGGAUAACGUCUACACGGUCCUCAAGCACCAAGGGGCCGCCAGCUAACAGCGUUCCACUUCUCAUCUCAGCUCUGAACAAAACGGCGUACUAAACGGAUAAACCCACCCCAGAGAAGCUCGAGCUCCAGCUCUCACUGCCCACCAGACUGCUCCACAGCUGACAGAGCCUUCACCUCCCUGGUUUUCAAACCAAGAUCAUGUUUGGGAGUCUUCAGUGACUUUUUUAAAAAAUAUGGCCUCAUUACCGCCACCUGCUGGUCAAACAGAAAACUCCCUGAAAUGUUUAACUUUUCUCCACAUCAGCUUGAUGUGGGAUGAAAAGAUGGAUGGAUGAAUGAUUAAGGACAUUUCUGCUGAGCUUGCAGAAGUAGUCUAUAGCCACAAAUCCUCUGGACACAGACUGGGUACUGGACUUCUCAUGGAUUCAUUAGUCUGGUUUUGCACAAGAUGCAGGAUUUGGUAAGCAAGUGGAAAGGAAAUUAUGGAAAGAUUUACAAGCAAAUGAACUUCGUCGGUCUCGUCAUUGAAAGAGCAGAUGGUGUAUACGUACUGUAUACGUACGUUUGUCACACACCCUAAUUUAGUCAGUUAUCACACUCAUACACUCAUCAUUUGUCUGCAGAAAAAAAAGCAUGUGAUCCUUGGGUGUCAUUUUACAGUUUUUAGAACGAUGUGAUCAGGUCAUUUUUAAUAAUUGUGACAGUGUUAUGGGUGAAUCAGAUUUCUUUUUUUUUUUUUUAAAGGAAUCAGAAGUUGUUAAAUUCAGUAAUAACAAAAUGAUUGGACAGCACUUUACAAGUACAGUCUAUAGUCCUGCCUUUCGCUGUGAUGUAGAACAUUAUUUUAGAACAAUAUUUAAACUUAACUCAUUUUAACAGCAUUACAUCAUAAAUGGGGAUUAUAAUUUGGGAUUCUUGAUAUUUACCUCUAGCAUUAAAAUACGUGGACAAAAUGUCCUUUUACAGCAGGUAGAAAUACAACUUUUUGAAAUAUGGGAAAAUCUAUGUACACAACUCUAAUCCCAAUUGGUAUAUUCCAAAAACAAUGAGCCCUAUUAAGUGAGACACUAAUCUAAACAGACUUCCUAACUAAAAAUCAAACCAUCUGCACAUGACAGUGAAAGAGCAGCUGCUAUGUUUAUCAGACGUGGAUUUCCAAAGGUGGUUUAAAGAUUGAUGGAUGGCCAAAAUGCAAUGCACACACGUACCGUCAUGACCGGUCGACCCCGGAGACGAGAGGACCAGGAUCGGCUCCUCCGGUGGGUCCUUGUUUUAAAAGCCACAUACAAAACUUGAAAUUUUCACAGCAUUUACAGACUGUAUUUGAAUAGUGGGAGAAAGUUGUGUGAUGCAACAAACAAACAAAAAAAAAGGCUACAGCUUGGUUUGUCAGUUUGGUUCUCAUAAGCUUCAAAGUACAAUGUUUUCUUUCUUUUCUUUUUUUUGGUUCCUAAGCGGUACACAUAGGCUGGAAACAAUUUCAGGACUUUGUAAUAAAAUGUGUGUCGAGGAGGGGGAGCCGCCGUGAGGACGUGAGGAUGUGUGAGGUGCUGGGUCUGGUGAGCAGGCACACCUUUGAAAACAAAGUGAGAUUUAAAGGAAAAAUCCACCCUGAAACACUUCACCUGUGCCAAUAAACAGCGAGUGGGGAUUUAUUUGGCACCUCUGGGUCUGUAAAUGGUCUAGAUGGUCUGAUUCUGUUGGACUGAAACGACGUAAUGUUGAUGUCAUUCUAAUGCGGCUACGUUGCCGUUUAAUUGACAUUGAACAUGAACCGUAAAUGUCGGGCUUCCUUUUAGUGUAGUUGCUAUUUCACAGAGACAUUUGGAGAAAUAGUCACAUUACUGUUUAAAAAUGCUGAUUUGAGGGUGGAACUUUCCUUUAGAAACUCACAUGGGUCUGUGUUGCUUGUUUAGCUCUUCGUGGUGACGUAGCAGGCCUCUGGUUAUCUCCCUCAUAUGCGUUGACAAUACCAUGUGUUGACUGAAGAAUGAGACCGUGGGUUUGACUAAGAGCCUCCAUAGCAGGCUUGUGAUGUGACUUUACCCAGAAGAGGCAGGGAUGACAAUUAAAUCCGACAUAUUAAGAGCUAUUGCAUUAUUUUUCUAUGUUUUAACAAAUUCCUGUCAAUCAAAUUAGCCUGUUUCUUUUCUGAAUAAUAAGUGUUUUUUUUUUUGUUUGUUUGUUUUUGCCCAGGAGUGCUACUCUGAUGCGAUAUUCACAGUUAGUUUUGUUGUUAUCAUGCAAGACCUGGUCGUUUACCUCAUAUAUUAAUAAGCAAUAUAUGAAUCAGAAGCACCAGCAAAUUACUAAAAAGGUAGUAUCUUACUGUUGUAGACACAUAGCAGGGUCAUUCUUUUGAUAUGUGUGUUUCAUGUAAGCCAUCAUCACAUGUUUCAAUUAGGUUCAGUGCCGAUAACUGUUGUUUUUUUUUGUCCUUGGCAAACAGGAGUAUUUAUAGGAACGUUAAGUCAUUUUAUGAGUCAUAUGAUUACAUAUAAAACAAGUGUUGUCAGUUCGGGGGCCCAUUCACUGAUACUGUACUUCUCACACAUUCAGUAGAUAUGUAUAUUUUGUUUUGCACAGUAAUAAAGCAAACAAAUUUUCAUUAAUAUAUGGAAUAUUCAUGUUACUGUACUCAUGAUUGAAUAGAUGUAACCUAAUAUUUUUGACCUGUUGUUUUAUCAUACCAAAUUAUAUAUGGACUGUAUGUAAUAAUGCCAUUUUUUUUUGUUUUCCUCCAUAAAUGCUAAAUGAAAGAUGGUCCAAGUGGUGUUUAUGUGGAGCAAUUCUUCUUCU